UCAUGUCACGUGACGUGACAACCGCUUGUGAAAAUAUCUUGGAAUCGAAAUCCUUGUUUUUCGAGCCUUCGACCGACCGAACUAACGUUGUAUCAUCGAAUAUGAACAUUGAACGUGUUCAGUAAAAGUUUAUGAGCAGUUAGCGUCUCAGAGAGUGUGUCUAGAGGUGUUCGAAGAGAGAAUUAAUGUUUAGGUCGCGGUAGGAUGCCCCGCCGGAAGCGCACAACGGAUGAAGGCGGAAGAAGAGCGAAAGUCAACAGAGUGGAGCAUAGUGAAGAGACCCUGGUCAUAUCUGAUUCUGAAAAUGAAGAGGAGGAAGAUUGCUCAUUUAAACUGUCCUCUCGGACAACCCGGUGGAAACGAAGGGAGAAUCAAUCUCAACUACAAGACAUGACAGAAGAAGAGAUGCUGGACCUGGCUAUGAGACUUAGUGCUCAGGAAGCAAACAAUGCUGCCGAGAAACGACAGCAGGAAGACAGCAACAUACAAAAAGCCAUAGCAGAAAGUCUUAAUGAAAGCACCGUAAAAGCAUCGGACAGUCAAGAUGAAGCAGUCAGCUCUACAGAUCAACCACAGCAGAAUGUAACAAAUGCGAUAUCACGUUUGAGGCGAAAACUGUCAUACCCCGGCCGAGAUCAGACACACAAUGAGAAUGAGAGGGAAACUAGUCCGCUUCCAGAAAUGCCUGAUCUAUCACAGGCGACCUCCUCGCAUCUUUCAACAAAGAGUUCUCCAACUCCGGUCUCCAGUCCUUCUGCUACCACUCAGGACAAGACCUCAGAUAAACAGACAGUCAUCAGCAACACUCCUGAGCUCUUCAGAUCUGUCUCAGAUUCCCUGUCCCAGACAUCCCCUCUCUUCACCAGGCACGGCAGCUUCAUUCGUCAGCCUGUAGUAUGUGUAGAGAAACUGAGUCAGGACCUCAUCCCGGCAAGCACAGAAUCAAAUUUUCACACACAGUACAGCGCUGCUGCUUUAUCCCCCAAGCAGGAAGAUUCGCCCUUUUCCAAAUGCUCAGUCUUCACUCAGAAAUACUCCAAACGAAAAAUUGAUUUGCUAGAGGACAAAGACUGCUGUAAAAAUACUAAUGCAAGUGAAGACGAUACUCAGAUAUCUAAUGAAGAUACUCAUUUACCAACACAAGUAAGCCAAGGUUUGAGCACAGGAUCAGAUACGUGCCUUUCACCUUCUAGAAGAUCAAGCCCCAAAUGUGUGCCUAAAAACAGCAGUGAAGAUGUCACUCUCGCAAGUAAAACUCCUAAUCUAAAGCAAGUGGAGGAUCAGACCACUCGGGGUGAGAAUGUAAAAUCUGACACUGAAACUGCUCCAAACACUUGGAAUGAAUUUUCUAGUCACAUGGUCUUGCAUUUAACAGAUGAUGAUGAUGAAGAUGAUGCCAGUGAAGAGGUUCUUUCCCCAACCCAGUCCUGCAUCUCUCCAGCUACCGUCACACUCUAUUCUUCUACACAAGACACACAGAUGUCUCGGUCUGUCCUGGAAGAGGACUCAAAAGCAUCCAAGGAUGUGGAAUUCAAACCCUCCCACUGUAAAUCUCCACAUUCUUCAGUGGAAAAAAGAAAAUGCACCAUCUCUUACUACUGGGGAGUGCCUUUCUGCCCCAUGGGCCAAAACCCGGACGAGUACACACGUGUGAUCAUGUGUCAAAUGGAGGUGUACGAGAAGAGCCUGAAGGAGGCCCAGCGAGAGCUGCUGCACAAAGCAGACUGGGGACAGCCAGUGUUUCCUGGCUCAGAGAGGCCGUUUGGUGUUAGAAGAUGGAAGCGCCACAGAGCUCCUCAGCUGUCAGAGGAUGAGGAGGAGAAUGAAGAAGAGGCAGAGAAAGAAAAGAACAGAACAGAAGUAGAAGAGAAGGACGAAGCCAGGGAGGAGUCUGUGGUGGGGUCACAGGAGGAUGCUGAGGGCGGACAGAGUGAAACAUACGUAGUUUUGUCAUCUCCUGAGACAAAAGAUGAGCAAGUGGAAAAAAAACCCUUCCUCAGCCAUGAGGAGCCUGUAACUGCCGCUUUAAAUAAACCUUUCAGGAAAAGUGCUCCUUCAGAUGAAACUCAAAUACAAUGUUCAGCGAAGCAGGAUGAAGAAGAGGCCCAGAAUCAUGAGCAUGAAGAGGAUGAGAUCAUUUGUCCAGAGACUCAGAUGACUCAAAACAGCUCACCAGAGCUAAUGGUGACCAGUCCUGCACAGCCCCAGUCUCGCGCUGACAGUGAGGUGAUGGAGGUAGAGGAGGGAGGAGGUGCUCCUGCUGUAGAGGAGGAGAUGAUGGAGCAAGAGGUAGCUCCUCUUAACAAUCAGGGCAUGGAAUGCCCCAUCUGCUCCAAACUCUUCCCCACCAGCGAGAUCGAGAUGCACGCGGCUUACUGUGAUGGUGAAGCAGACCACCAGGAAGAGCAAUCACAAGUUGUUGGCCGAAGGAAAAGGACCAAGUAUCCAGAACAUCUCAGUUUGAGCAUUGGAAAGAAAGACUCGAGAUCUAAUCAGGAAAACGGCCUGCUUUCCUCUCUGGACCGGACAGAACGGAGACAAACCGGCACUGAUGAACCUGGACCAUCUGAUGUUUCUAAAACAAGCAACUGUGGCCUUCCUGAUGCUGCGGUGAUGGGGACUUCCUGUACCAGUAACGCCUUCACUCCUCGAUCAGAGAACACUGACUGCCUUAUUGACUCCUCUAAGAACAGCCAAAGACUCUCACGAAAGAGAAAAUUCAAAAAAUAGUCAACAUGCUUUUAGUAACACUUGUGUCUGUGUUUUUCAGUGCCUCUCCAUUUGUAUGGCUUUUUAUAAAAUUAAAAAUGCACAAAUGUAUAUAUUUAAGUCUUUGUUGUCUUAUAAAAUUGCAUUAAAUAAUAUUGGCACCUCAUGAAAAGUCUAAUUUGAUAUG